GGUUGCUCUCAUCUUUUUAAGUCGAAACCCUAGUUUCCUUCCGUCCAUUGGGAGGUUGUGUUUUGGUGGCGCACCAUAAACCCUAGAGUAUCCUCCGUCAUCUGCAAACAUGGGUAUAUCUCGGGAUUCCAUGCACAAGAGACGCGCCACUGGUGGCAAGAAGAAGGCCUGGAGAAAGAAGCGAAAGUAUGAGCUUGGAAGGCAGCCUGCCAACACCAAGAUAUCCAGCAACAAGACUGUUCGAAGGGUGAGGGUUCGAGGUGGUAAUGUGAAGUGGCGUGCGUUAAGGUUGGAUACAGGAAAUUACUCCUGGGGAAGUGAGGCUGUGACAAGGAAGACACGUAUCUUGGAUGUGGUUUAUAAUGCAUCAAAUAAUGAGUUGGUUAGGACCCAAACUUUAGUGAAGAGUGCUAUUGUUCAGGUUGAUGCUGCGCCGUUUAAGCAGUGGUAUCUUCAGCAUUAUGGAGUUGAUAUUGGUAGGAAGAAGAAAGCCACCACUGCUGCCAAAAAAGAGGGAGAGGAAGUAGAGGGUGCUACUGAGGAGACCAAAAAGAGCAAUCACGUUGCAAGGAAACUAGAGAAGCGUCAAGAAGAACGCAAACUUGAUCCACAUGUCGAAGAACAGUUUUCUGGUGGUCGUCUCUUAGCAGCAAUCUCAUCACGUCCUGGCCAGUGUGGUCGUGCUGACGGAUACAUCUUGGAGGGAAAAGAGCUCGAGUUCUACAUGAAGAAGCUGCAGAAGAAGAAAGGAAAGAGUGCUGGUGCCGCUUAAACCAAUAUGUCAUCCUGAUUUUCAAGUUAUGAUCGUAUGUUUUCUUUCUUACUUAAUUGAAGGCAUGGAAUUGUUCUUUUUGUAGAAGCUUUGUUAGUUAGAGUUGACUUUUAUAAAUGUCGAUGAGAUUAUAUAUAUGAUCUUUAUUACAUCGAUUAAAUACUAGCAAUAAUAUAAUUUAUUCACAUGGGUC